AUGAAGCAAGUAGACGCAGAAGACCCCAGAAUGGGAGGUGCACCCAGCGUCACACUUCCAGAAACAUCAGCCGCUCUUAAUGUAGAAGAGUACGCAUCGCAACCACAAAGUCAAGGUCGCACAGGUUUCCCAAAACAAGGUGGACAGUCGCUUUCGUAUUGGUUACAGCAAGUUCGAUGCGAUCCUCUCCUAGAUCACCGCACUACCGAUGAGCUACCACAACAAGCCGAUACGGUCAUAAUUGGAUCUGGUAUCACAGGGACACUUGUCGCGAAGCACCAUCUCGAGACGUUCCCUGGGAAGAAAGUCGUUGUACUCGAAGCGAGAGAGUUCUGCUCCGGCGCAACAGGUCGCAACGCUGGCCAUUGCAAACCUGAUCAAUGGCGGGGUUACGGGAAACACGCCAAAGCGUACGGCCAUGAGCAGGCGGUAAAGAUCCUGGACAACGAGCAAGCUACGUGGGAAGCGUUGGUGGCAUACGUUAAGGAGAACAACGUGGAUUGCGAUCUCUGGGUUGGAGAGACGCUGGACGUUCCUCUCAAUGACGAGGUUGCGAAGAUAGCUAAAGAACUAUUCGAGAGAUACGCGGAAGCAGGUGGAAAGGUCGACCAUAUCCAAGUUACCCACGGUGGCGAAGCGACGCAAAAGUCUCGGAUCAAGAAUGCGAAAGCAUGCUACGGAUGGCAGGCAUCGACUCUCCAGCCGUGGAAGUUGACUGCACAUAUCAUGCGCGACAAUAUCAGCAAGGGCGCCAAUCUACAAACUCGCACUACUGCGAAUUCAAUCUCAGACGGGACAGGAUCUCGGAGAUGGAUGGUCCAUACGGAGCGAGGAGACAUCGCAUGUGACACCGUGGUGCAUGCUACGAAUGCAUACAGUGCAGCACUCGAGCCAUCACUUCGCGGUAUCAUCACGCCCAAGCCGCAUAUGUGCAACAGAGUAGUUCCGGCGCAAGCCUUCAGCGGAUCCAAAGCUAUUAGCAACUCCUAUGGAAUCCUGCUACCGGAUGGUGCGUUCUUCAGUAUCAACCCGCGUUCGUCUUCCGAUGGCAACAUUAUGUUCGGUGGUUCCAAUCCAGGUCAAAAGGAACUGGAUGCGUGGGUUGAGAAGAACCCAGAAAACUGCAUCAAUGAUGGAAUCGCGAACCUGGAGAGUGUGACAAAGCACAUCAGGAACUUUGCAGAAUCUGAGUUCGACGGUUGGAAAGCCGGCCCUACAGGUCCCGGGGAAGGCUUUGAGUAUAGUUGGAGUGGCAUCAUCGGGCUGAGUGCGGAUGGUGUGCCGUUCGUCGGAGAGCUACCCGGAAAGUCUGGUCAAUAUAUCUGUGCCGGCCAUCAUGGACAUGGGAUGGGGCGAAUCUUCACAGCAGCACCUGGCCUGGUGAAACUCAUGAAUGGAGAAGCCUGGAGUGCGACGGGAUUGCCGGAGGCAUACCAGAUGACAGCCGAAAGGCUCAAGAAACUGGCGAGUAUGGAGCCUGCACCUGCCAUCGCGGUUAUAUGA